UGAUGAGUUUCUGCAGAAAAAGUGUCCACUCUUUCCUGGCCUUUGCCGACACCCUCUCCCCUUUCAAAUCCCACCCCGACGACGACCACGAUAUCAGCUUCUCCGUUUCUCCGCCGCCCUCGCCGCAGCGGAGAGAUCCCGGCGGGGUCGGUUUCGUCGACCACAACGACGGCGGCGUCGACGGCUUAAUGUACUGCACCGAGAGCCUCGGCUUCGAGAGCUCUGACCAGCGCCGCCUGGAUGAAAAUGAAAUGAUCACGGAGGCCGACAACGGCGGCGGCGGUGGGGUCAGGGCGCGGCGGAGGGUGCUGGUCGAGAGGAGUUUCCCGCCGCUGCUGUCUUCUCUGAACCAGCAUGGACAUCCUAAUUUCUAUCUCCGUCCGGUCAGGAAAGAUGGACGGCUGGAGCUCACCGAGGUCAGGAUCCAACGGCCAGAGAUUCUCCGCGCUUCCAGGGGAGAUGGACGACUCAGAUUGCACCUCAUCAUGGACAAACAACAAGAAGAUGAUCAAGAAGAAGAUAUAAUUGACGAGGACGAUGAAGAAGAAGAAGAUGAUGAGGGUUUUGUGGAAGAAGGGACGGGGGAAUUCCGGCGGUGUGUGGAGGCGGUGGACGGCCGGCGCCGCCACCAGCAUUUGGAUGAUGUGUGGAGGCACCACUGUGUGACAACAAGUUAAAAGGGUUUUUUUUUUUCCUUUCUUUUUAAAUGAUUUGGUAGGAUUUGAUGAACCGGUGGUGGGCGUGCAUAAAAUGAGAGAAUUUUAUAGUUUUCCCUUUUUUCUUUUUUCUUUUUUUUAAGAAAGAGAAAAAUCAGUUGUCUUUGUGGGGGGUUUUAUAGGAUAAGGUUCUUUUUUUUUUUUAGAAAAAUACUUAGAUAUGGUGACGGAUAAAUAGUUCAAAAAUCUACAUAUGUCAAAUUUAUGGUCUUUUUUUUUUUUUUGG